GCUUGACAAAGCGGCGCUUGCUGCUCGUUGCUAUGGUGACGUCGCGGCCUGCCUGCGGCCUGUGGGCGCUCCGUCGGCGCUGGAAGUGGAGCGUCCUUUGCGUUGCCCCAGUCAGUUGAAUGAGCACAGGUAGCUCGGCCGCGCCAUGAACAGGUUUAAUAUUGUCUUGGGCCAGGGGAUACCCAGGCCGACAGCCCCCAAGGUUUCUGGAAUGAUGGAAGUGAUUACUCCUGAAGAUGGAUUUGUCCUAGAAACACGUUUGCCUUUGCCAAGGCAUAGUGGCUUAGGAAGGACUGAUGUAAUGAAGGAACAGAAGAAUAGACAAAAUGGAAGGUUGCAUGUGUUUGGUCCAAAAGAAGAAGUAGUCCUUGAACCAGUUCAAACAAUUCCACGCAUGGGAUGUGGAAUUGAAUCUAUAAGCAGACCUUACACUCCAUCAAAGCAGAUCUUGUUACGUGCAGCUAAAUCCGUAGAAAAGGGGAAUACUUUAAAAAGAAUUGCAAGAAAUAAAAAUCCAAAGAUGAGUGUAAGAUUGCCUGACCGCAUAGAAGAAGAGACAGAAAUUCAUAAUGAUCAACAAUUAGAAACUGAUUUACAGAAGCUGAAUCAUGAAACUAAGAUAACUGAGGUGAAGACAGAAUUGGAAGUCAAUGAUGAAAACAUGAAAAAUUCCACAAUUGUUGAAAAGCUACCCAACGGUGAGGUCAGUACUGAGGAGCAAAGGGAAGGUGUGGCUAAAGAAAAUGCCGACAAGAAGCCACCUGAGAGUUCUGAGGACGAAAAUAAUGAACAAAGUGACUCUGAAGUUGAAAGGAGAAUUGCACCGCUACAGUUAAUGGGAGAGUUUCUGAAGGCAAUAAUGGAGCAGAAAUACAGCCUAGCAAAAAAGCUUUGUCAGAUGAUUCUGAUAUAUGAACCAGAAAACCCUGAGGCCCUGCAGUUUCUUCCACUUAUUCAGAAAAAACUAGUAUUAGGUAAGUGCUAAAACUGUAAAUACUGAAUACUACUAUACAAUUGAGAACUAUAUUAUGUUUUCUUAAGCGUUUUUGCAGAUCAGUGUAGAUCCAGCCAAGAAAUCAGUCCCUGUGCUCCUUUUGGCACUAUUGAAAGAAGACAUUCCAAGAGGUCCCUGUCCAUUGCUUCUUCCCUUGAGAUAUAAACACUUCCUGGAUUCAAGGAAAGCAGCACCACUAGCAAGUAACAUGGGAAGCAUGCAGAAGGACUGUGGCUGAUGCCUGUCCCCAAAAUGAGAAGGGAGGAAGGAAGAUGGGAGCCCAUGAUGCAAGCCUGGAAAUGUGCAUAUUACUCCCUGAAAAAGGAGUUGCAAGAGUGACUUUGCCUUUGUAUCUUUUAUAUUUCCAUGUUAGAAAGUGAGCAUGUGGCUAAAGAAGAUGAAGAAACCGGUGAAGAGAGCAGUGAAGAGGAUAGCAAUACAGAUAAAAGCGACACUGAAAGUGAUGCAAGUUCUGCAGAUUCUGAUAAAGAUGCUUAGAAAUUUGAA